AUUUUGGUGUAUGAACAAAUCUCCCAGAGCCACCCGAUCAAAUUGGUUCAUGCUGGUACUCAAGGUUUGCCUCGUUGGAUUUCUGGGAUGGCACAUGGUGGAACUGUGACACAUCUGUCCAACAAUAUCACAUCUCAGCUUUGUAAUUCAACUGAAAAAAAUACAACAUGUAAUGGAAAGGAAGGAGAUUGUUCGAAGGUGAUUGCUUUUAGCCCAUUGGAGGGUAGUCAUUUAAAAGAGCGAAAAAGUGGAUUGGGGAAUGAAAGCUCGAAGAUUAAGAGAAUGGAACUUUCCCAAAAAAUAACCUACGCUCUCAUACCAGCUUUGCUUCUCAUGUCAAAAUCUACAGUGACUACUUCGUUACUGAUUUUCUCAAUAUACUGGCAGAUAUAUGGGUUCUUCAAGGAGAUUUUUCUGGAUUAUGUUCACCAAGAGGUAACCCGAAAAUGGAUUUCAAUAUAUUUCAAAUUGCUCCUUCUGAUCUUGGCCAAGGAGACUAUCCUUGAUUUUGAUAUGGUAUAAUAUCAUCAUUUUCUCGAGUGUCAAGACUAGCCUGGCAUCAUCGCCUGUAUGAUAAGGGAUAACCUGGGGGUAAUGCCCUACCUGUGACUUUCCUUCAUUCAAAUUUUGUGACUUCUUUAUCUUUUCCUUUUCUUUAAUGCUUUUUGAUGGCAUGGAGGUGUUUAGGGAUGAGUAUGUGCAUGCUGAAUCUGAACAAGUUGGAAGGAUGAAUCUUGAAGCACAUGAAACUAGGUUGUGUAUUUUGUAUUAAAAUAAAUGAACGAUGAUGUCCUUUCCAAUAAAACCAAAAAGAUUUUUUCUCA